AUGAAUGUGAACGAAGGAUCUUUGAACGGAAGUGCAAACGGAGUGACAAGUGAAACUGGAGCGAAAUCAGCUAGCAAAAGAUCAAAUGGCCUGUGCAAUCCAGUGAAAGAGAAUUCUAGCUAUGGCAGCUACGAGAUGGUGCAGGAAAUCGCCACUUACCUGCUGGAGCGCACGCGCAUCCGACCCCGGUGUGGCAUCAUCUGCGGUUCGGGGCUCGGCUGUCUGGCCGACCAGCUGACCGAGGUGGACAGUUUCGACUACGACGCGAUACCGCACUUCCCCGUGUCGACCGUGGCCGGCCACCGGGGUCGGCUGGUGUUUGGGCGGCUGGGUGAUGUGCCGGUCGUCUGCAUGCAGGGUCGCUUUCAUUACUACGAAGGAUACUCACUGGCGAAGUGCUCGAUGCCGGUCCGGGUGAUGAGGCUGGUCGGUUGUACUCAUCUGAUCGCGACGAAUGCGGCCGGAGCCAUCAACAGUCAGUACCGAGUUGGCGACAUCAUGCUCAUCCGGGAUCACGUCAAUCUGAUGGGUUUCGCCGGCAACUGUCCGCUGCUGGGGCCAAACGACGAUCGCUUCGGUCCACGCUUUCUCGGUAUGGCUAAAGCGUACGAACCGGAGUUGUUGGCGGUGGCCAAGCAGAUCGCCCUCCGAAUGCCCGGAAUGAACGAGAUUCUCCGGGAAGGAGUGUACUGCUGCGUCGGUGGACCGAACUUCGAAACCGUUGCCGAGGGUCGACUGCUAGAGCUGCUCGGCGUGGACGCGAUCGGUAUGUCGACCGUGCACGAGAUCAUCACCGCCCGCCAUUGCGGCAUGACCUGCUUCGCUUUUAGCCUCAUCACGAACAUGUGCACGAUGAGCUACGACGAGGAGGAGGAACACUGCCACGAAACGUUCGUCGACGUUGGCCGUCAGCUGGAGGGCCGCAUCUGCGAGCUGGUAACGCGUGUCGCCGCCUCUAUCGGGGACAGUGAGUCGACAUAGACAUAACUCAUACGUGUUCCUCACCUCACUGCAUUUCGAAAAGACAAAACAACAAUCAAACUGUACCGAACAUAAAACAAAUAAAAGUCCAA